AAUUUCCCAUCUUGUAUUCAAGCUUUUCCGGUACAAUUUCAACCGGUAAUGGGAACUUGUCGUUUCUUUCAAAUCCUCAUGUCGUCUCAAAUGUUAGCGAUUCCUUUUCCGUAGACUGUAACUGUAUCUCUACUAAAUCUAUUACUAGCACUAGCGCUAGCAAAUAGCACUAGCUCUACAAUAAUGAUCAAUCGCUUUCUGUACAUUUGCUUAGUUAUGGAUUGAUUUCGUUAGGCUCUUCAUAAGAAAAAAAAAAAGCAAAAAAAUUCAACAACUAGGUCCUUACAGUCUCUGUGUCUUGGUCACUCUCAUUACAUGAAAUUAAUUACGUUCGGGGCCCCGCACGUAGUUAGCUGUCUGUCGUACUUCUCUAAUUUCUUUUUCUUCUACCAACUACCAAACAUAAACUACUGAUAUUGCAAAUGGGUCUUAUGCGAGGUAAAAGCUGGCUGUUAUGGCUGCUUUCUUUCUCUUACUUCUUACAAAUAAACAGUUAUCAAUCCAAUCCUGAAGAUGAAGAUGAAGCGUUCCAACUGACUUUAUUUUGUCAAGGCUUUAAAGUGCAAUCAGACUCGUUGUUGUAUGCCGCAUUUAGUAGUUGGUGGGAUGAUGAAGAUGGUGGACCAAAGGCGAUUACCUUUUUCAAUGCAAAGGAUUGGGAGUGUGCUUUGGGUUCCUUAGACGAGAGGGAACCUUUUUCUGCAUUUUUUUCACAGCUCCAGGUAAACCAACUUGAUACUUCUAUUCAUAUUCCUCCGGAAAAGCGAGAAGUGUGGUCAGGUCCAUUUGAGUGUAACAAAACGUCGGUGAUGAACUACAUUAUUUCGAUCAAUGAAACUCUUAUAAAUAGACACUUUCAGAUAAAUGACUCGGAUGUUUAUUGUAUUGCUACAAGGCCAUUGACAAGCUUGGGUUCUCGUGCUUGUGUUUCUGUUGGAUAUUUUUAUGAAGAUAUCACUGGAGAUCCCGGGUAUGAACCCCAUCCAGAGUUCGACUUUUUCCCAAUAAUUGUUACAUUAAUUACAAUUCUCUUAUUAAUUCCAGCUUGUUUUUGGAUCUACGCACUGCUGUCCCAACCAGCAAAAAUACUGCCUAUUCAAUAUGGGUUAUUAAUCCAUGUUGUAAACAUAGCGAUUGGUAUCAUUAUUAAUAUCUGUGAUGAAUAUGCCUAUUGUCAUUUGAAAUACCAUAUCGAAGUUUUUGUUCGUCGUUUACUCCUUAUCCUUGCCUCUUUUGGUAUUGGGGUCUGGCGGCCUGUAGAACCUAAAUUUCUUUUGAGGGUUGUCGCUGGGUUGUCUUUUUUACUUUUCUUCCAUAUUGUUUCCAAUGUGAUUGAUUUUGAACCUCUGCAAUUUCUCGAAAUAUGGAUAAAUAAUUCCGUUUCCAAUGUUAUUUGGUUGUCUUCAAUUUAUAUGCUUUAUAAAGAACAGGAUCAUUUCAAUAAUAAAUCUGAACGCUCUGCGAAGGUUUGUAAGCAUUCACUAAUUUACUGCGUCGCUGUUUUUACUUUUUUUUAUUGUACAAGCUCCUUUGAUAAAUUUUUCUGCUACUCUAGGAGAAGCUCCUUAGAGACUGAUAUUAUAUAUUGGGUUAUUCGUUAUUUUAUUGAAAUCAUUAUUCCUUGCUAUAUCUGGUAUCCCUCUCAAAAUGAGCAGAUUGCUUACAAAGAAAGUGUGGAACUUUAAAGUCCAAAUCAGCUUUCUUUUGCUAAUUUCAAGCAUACUUAAUAAUGCGUCUAUGGAAAAGAUUCCAUAAUUGAUAGACAUAAUAUGCAUUCGUUUUUUAUUUCACGAAUGAUCUCAUAUUUCAUAAAAAUUUAAUAUUAUUCUAUUCAUUUGUUUUGA